AUGGCAGAAGCGCCUGAACUCUCCAACGCAGAGCGCUUCAAAGCGACGCACCUCGCCGCACGUCAUGGCAACUACCAUCAAUAUUACUCCAAAUUUCGGGCGCCCACCGUUCCAGACGAACGUCUUUCCAUUCUUCCGUCAGAUAUCCUCCGCGACGCGCGAGUCAUAGACCUCGGCUGUAACGCAGGAAAACUGACCCAUGAAGCAAUGGCGUACUGCGGCGCAGCCGCCUCAGUCGGCGUCGAUAUUGACCCGUGGCUGAUCGAUCAGGCGAAGGCGGCGUACCCAGAUGGGCCGUGCACAUUUGAGCACUUGGACUUUGUGAAUGCGCCCGCGUACACGGGUACCGCGGUGGGCAAGUUCGAUGUUGUCCUACUGCUUUCUGUGACCAAGUGGAUACAUCUGAACAACGGAGACUCCGGGAUGUUGAAGUUAUUCUCGCAUAUAAGGAGCAUCUUGAAUGAGGGGGGUUAUCUCGUUGUUGAGCCGCAGCCUAUGAGCAACUAUGCGAGGGCUUCAAAGAGAAAUAAAGAAUUGAGAGAGAUGUAUAGAACGAUCCAAAUCAGGCCACCGUUUAACGAUGAGUUGAAAGCCGAGGGGUUUGAGAGGAUAAUGGACGUUGAGAGAGACGAGGAGGGGUUUGCUAGGCCCGUUCAUGUAUGGAAAAAAAAGUAA